UCGAGUUGGUCGUUCGUGCUGGCUCGCCCGCUCCGACCACUCCACACGCCGCGCGAGAUCCCCUUCCCCGCGCCCGCCUCCUCCCAGCACUCCGGCGCGGCCGCGCGAGCCCUAGGGAGGGCUGGGGGUUUAUCCGCAGAUGCGGCCCCUCCUCGCCCUCGCCGCCGCGUGCGCCCUCCUCGUGGCCGCCGGCGCCGCGGCGGAGGAGGCGAGGAACUCCACCAACAAGUUCCGGCAGCGCGAGGCCAGCGAUGACAUGCUCGGCUACCCCCAUCUAGAUGAAGAUGCUUUACUGAAGACUAAAUGUCCGAAGCAUGUGGAGCUGAGAUGGCAGACUGAAGUUAGUUCCAGCAUUUAUGCAACUCCCUUGAUUGCUGAUAUCAACAGUGACGGAAAAUUGGAAGUAGUGGUGCCAUCAUUUGUUCAUUACUUAGAAGUUCUUGAAGGCACUGAUGGAGACAAACUGCCAGGAUGGCCUGCAUUUCAUCAGUCAAAUGUUCAUUCAAGUCCUCUUCUAUAUGACAUUGACAAGGAUGGUGUACGGGAAAUAGCUUUGGCAACUUACAACGGUGUAGUAAAUUUCUUUAGGGUAUCAGGUUAUAUGAUGAUGGACAAGCUUGAGGUACCUCGUAGGAAAGUACGUAAAGAUUGGUAUGUUGGGCUAAAUCCAGAUCCAGUUGACCGCUCUCAUCCAGAUGUUCAUGACAAUUCGAUUGCCAAAGAGGCUGCUUCUAAGGAAUCUCCCACAAUAGAGCAAAACAAAUCAGGAAGUGUGGAGGGAGGUGAGUCCCAGAAAAAUGGAUCUGUGCAACAGCACUCAGUUGAAACAAAACCUAAUUCUACCCAAGCACAAGAGAAUGUGGAGUUGUUGAACAUUGUAAACAACACUCAUUCUGGGAGCAUCUCUAGUGUUACUACUGCAGCAGAGAAUACAUCACAAACUCAGAGACGCUUGCUUCAAACAACUGACAAAAGUGAUGAUAAAACAGGAAGCUCAAAAACUCAUGAAAGUGAUUCCGGAGCAAAAGUAGCAGCCACUGUUGAAAAUAAUGAGUCUCUAGAGGAAGAUGCUGAUGCAUCAUUUGACUUGUUUCGGGAUCCAGAAGAUCUCCCCGACGAGUACAAUUAUGAUUAUGAUGACUAUGUUGAUGAAUCCAUGUGGGGUGAUGAGGACUGGAAAGAACAAGAACAUGAGAAGGAGGAAAAUUAUGUGAGUGUAGAUGCUCACAUCUUGUCCACCCCUGUAAUUGCAGAUAUUGACAAAGAUGGUGUACAAGAAAUGGUGAUUGCUGUAUCAUACUUCUUUGAUCGCGAAUAUUAUGACAACCCAGAACAUGCAAAAGAACUAGAAGGAAUUGACAUGCAAAAAUAUGUUGCAAGCAGUAUAGUUGUCUUUAACCUUGACACACGGCAAGUCAAAUGGACUGCAGAUCUUGAUUUGAGCACAGAUACUGUAAAUUUCCGUGCUCAUGUAUAUUCCUCUCCAACUGUGGUCGAUUUGGAUGGUGAUGGAUAUUUGGACAUCCUCGUUGGAACUGCUUAUGGCUUGUUUUAUGUUAUUGAUCAUCGUGGUAAGGUUAGGAAGAAAUUCCCCCUUGAGAUGGCUGAGAUCCAUGCACCAGUCAUUGCUGCGGACAUCAAUGAUGAUGGCAAAAUCGAGAUGGUUACUACUGAUUCCCAUGGAAAUGUAGCAGCAUGGACUGCAGAAGGAGAAGAAAUCUGGGAAGUGCAUCUAAAGAGUCUAAUUCCACAGCGACCUACCGUUGGUGAUGUCAAUGGAGAUGGGCACACUGAUGUUGUGGUCCCAACUGUGUCGGGAAACAUCUAUGUUCUUAGUGGAAAGGAUGGCUCAAAAAUUCAACCUUUCCCCUAUAGAGCACAUGGAAGAAUCAUGAGUCCUGUUCUACUGCUCGACAUGAGCAAACAUGGAGAAAAUGCAAAAGGGCUAACUCUUGCUACGACGUCAUUUGACGGUUAUUUAUAUUUGAUUGAGGGAUCAAGUGGCUGUGCAGAUGUUGUAGACAUUGGAGAAACCUCGUACACUAUGGUUUUGGCUGACAAUGUGGAUGGUGGAGACGACCUUGAUCUUAUUGUUACCACUAUGAAUGGCAACGUCUUCUGCUUUUCCACUCCCUCACCACACCAUCCUCUCAAGGAAUGGAGAUCAUCAAACCAAGGAAGGAAUAAUGCUGCAUAUCAGUACAACCGUGAAGGUAUUUAUGUUAAGCAUGGCUCCAGGACUUUCCGUGAUGAAGAGGGCAAGAAUUUCUGGCUAGAGUUUGAGAUUGUUGACAAGUACAGGGUGCCCUACGGGAAUCAAGCUCCUUAUAAUGUGACGGUAACUUUACUUGUUCCUGGGAAUUAUCAAGGAGAAAGGCGGAUUGUGGUCAGUAGUGUGUAUCAUCAACCAGGGAAGCAACGAAUGAUGCUUCCCACUGUUCCUGUUAGAACAACUGGAACUGUGCUCGUGGAGAUGGUUGAUAAAAAUGGGCUGUAUUUCUCUGACGAGUUCUCACUCACCUUCCACAUGCAUUACUAUAAGCUGCUGAAGUGGCUUGUGCUGCUGCCGAUGAUUGGGAUGUUUGGUGUUCUUGUCAUCUUACGGCCCCAAGAAGGUGCACCAUUGCCAUCAUUUUCACGGAAUAUUGACUAGUGAUUAAUACUGGGGCCACAUUGAAGCAGAUGAAGGGACUAAGAUUUCCCCAACAUUCCCAUGACAGGGACUUGUUGCCUUGUUUACACUCUAAUAUACUGGGGAGUCAUCCGCACAGAGAACCCGCAUUGUAUUGCUCCCCAACAGUUAACAAGUUCAAGGAUUGUAGCUUUACAAUAGAUCUAUUUCAGUUUUGCCGAAGAAUUUUGUACACACUUUAACCAUUUUCUAACUGGUGAUGCAUUAGAUUGGCUCAUCCGGAGCUCGAGCCUAUUGUCAC